AAGAAGAAGAAGUGAUCUGAGCAUUGCUAGCUUGAAUUCAAUCCCAGAUAGCAGCAGCCAUGGCUAUUCCUGGUUAUCUAAUUACAAUCCUUCUCCUUUCUUCUUUUAGUUCCUCUUUAGCUCAGCUGAAUCCCCAAAACAUAACUCUGGGAUCCUCCCUAACUCCCAUCGGUACUCGUAACUCCACUUGGCUAUCCCCUUCCGGCCUCUACGCAUUUGGAUUUUACAAGCAACAGAACGCCGGCAUCGGCUACUACGUCGGAAUAUUCCUUGCCGGAAUCCCCGAGAAAACAGUCGUAUGGACUGCAAAUCGAGACGACCCUCCCUUAUCCAGCGAUGUCACUUUGCUCUUUGAUACCAACGGACAGCUGAUAUUACACCAACCUGACAACCAAAAUACCUCACUCAUGGAUACUUCUUCUUCGGCCUACGCCUCCAUGCUCGAUUCCGGCAACUUUAUUCUGUACAAUUCAAAUGGAGAACCCAUCUGGCAGAGCUUUGACAAUCCAACAGAUACUAUUUUGCCAACCCAAAGCCUUUCCAACGGCAAAAGUCUAUUCUCAGCAGAGACGAAAAUAAAUCCAGCAACUGGGUAUUUUAAAUUGUCGAUGCAGACGGAUGGAAAUCUUGUGCAGCAUCCUGUCCAAUGGCCGGAAACUGUCUCAAGCUCUUACUUUGCAGCUUUCAUUAAUGGUCUUGGAGCAAUUGGUCCUGGAGCAAUUGGUCCUGGAGCAAUCAUAACCCUCAACCUUGAUAAGAACGGAAAUCUCUAUUUGUUCAACUCCACCAUUGUGUUAAAUCUCACACAACAUUUUGCUGCUGAUGAUGAUGGGAAACUUUACUUGAUGAGAAUUGACCCAGAUGGUAUAUUUAGGGUAUAUUCUCAUGGUUCAAAUUGGUCUGUUGUUUGGGCAUCAACCACGGAUCUUUGCGCACCAAAGGGGCUUUGUGGAAAUAACGGGUUCUGCGUUUUGCAAGAUAACGUGGCUGAUUGUCGUUGCCUUCCCGGGUUUGAUUUCGUUAGUCCUGGAAAUUGGAGCUCUGGCUGCAAACUGGAUUUUAGUGUCAACAGCUGCAAAAGUAAUGAUAGCCAAGUUGUAUCUCCUACAAUCAAUAUUCUUCCUAACACAGUUUGGGAAGAUGAUUCGUAUUCGGUUGUUUCCCCAAUAACCCAGCAAGCAUGCCAACAAGCUUGUUUAGAUGAUUGCAAUUGUCAAGUGGCACUAUACAAGGAAGGAAAUUGUAGGAAGCAAAGGCUUCCUUUGCGCUAUGGAAGGAGGCAAAUGGAAGAUUCAAACAUGGCUUUAGUCAAGACUCAAACAAGAACCGGUGAUGAAAAUAAUGAUAUUGUUCCUCCUAAGAAGCAAGAAAAGAGGCAUCCCGGGGUUGUUAUGUUGAGCGUCGCCUCAUCUCUUGUUGGUCUAGCUUGCAUUCUUUUGAUUGCAUCUGGUUUUCUAUUCUAUAGAAGUCGGUUGAAUGGUUAUAGAACACCCCCGCGUAUGGGUAUAGCCGAUUUAGGAGAAGAUAUCGCUCCACGAGAGUUCUCAUACUUAGAGCUCGAGCAGAUCACGGAUGGGUUCAAAGAAGAAUUAGGGAAAGGUGCAUCAGGCGUAGUGUACAAGGGAACACUACCUCACAAUGGGACAUCCAUAGCUGUGAAGAAGUUGGAGAAGGUUUCAAAAGAAGGGGAGAUGGAAUUCCUUAAUGAAAUGAAGGUGAUUGGAAAAACCCAUCAUCGAAAUCUCUUACGCUUAAUAGGCUAUUGUCACGACGGUACAAACAAACUCUUGGCAGUCGAGUUCAUGAGCAAUGGGUCUUUAGCCGACAACCUCUUCACGCCUGAGAAAAGGCCGUCUUGGGAUGAAAGAAUUAGGAUUGCGCUUGACGUUGUCAAAGGAAUCCUUUAUUUGCACGAAGAGUGUGAGACUCAGAUAAUCCAUUGCGAUAUAAAGCCUCAGAAUAUACUGAUGGAUGAGUAUAGGGUGAUUAAAAUAUCUGAUUUUGGAAUGGCAAAGCUUCUUCAGCAUGAUCAAACCAAAACCUACACUGCAAUUAGGGGGACCAGAGGAUACCUGGCUCCAGAAUGGCACAGGAAUUUGCCCAUUACUGUGAAAGCAGAUGUCUACAGCUUUGGGAUAGUUCUUUUGGAGAUCAUAACUUGUCGUCGGUGUCUGAAUUGGAGCCUACCCGAAGAAGAAGCUGUUCUAGAGGAAUGGGUCUACUCGUGCUUUGAGGCUGGUGAACUUCAAAAGCUAGUUGGAGAGGAGGAAGUGGACAUGAAGAUGCUAAAAAGGAUGGUGAAAGUGGGAAUUUGGUGCAUACAAGAGGAGCCAUCACUUAGGCCUACUAUGAAGAAGGUUCUUCUCAUGUUGGAAGGGACCGUGGAUAUUCCGGUGCCUCCUAGCCCAACUUCCUUCUUUGCAACAUUUAGGGAUUCCAGCCGCACUUAUUGAAGCUGCGUUUUCAGGCUUGGAAUCUAAAUUACCACCUUGUCCUGUUUUGAAUUAGUUUGAAGGAUUGGAUAGUCU